AUUAAAUAAAAAAUGGAAAACCGAGAAGAAGAUGUUCCAGCAACAGAGAAACCUGUUGCAGAAGUGAGAUUGGAGGAGAAGUUAAAUGAAAUUGAAGAAGCUGGUGAGAAGGGAAUAAACGAAGUUGAGAAAUACUACAAAAUAACAGGAUCUCCAAUAAACAAUGCAAUUAUUGUUUAGAUAUUAAUAUGCGCUCUUGCUUCAGGAAGCACAGCCCUUGUGAAUUCUUUGGGUCCAGUUCGAUGGUUGAUCAGCCUCAUACCUGUUUUCAACUUUUUAAAUUUCAUAAUCUAUGCUGUUUUCUUAGCAUUUUUAUAGUUUGGAAGUCCAUUUUUCAAAAAGGUAUGCACAUGUCCUCUAUAUUUAAUAGAAACCCUGGAACUUCCUAUUCUUCAGUAUUCACUUCAUUGGUAAGUUUUCAUUCAUGGUAUUCUAUGGAGUAAACUACCCAUUAAGUAAAUUUGAAGUAUUUUAUUUCCUCUGUGUGUUUGGUUACCUCUAUGUUUUGGCUUUGGUUAGAAAUAGAGACGCAGGUUUGAACGGAGUAGAUUUUUCAAUCAAAGGAAACUUUUUCUAGCUAGCCGGGCUUGGAAUAUUUUUGGGUUUCUUUUUGGUAUUCUUUUACAUUUGACUGUUAGGCACUCCUUACUUCAGCAGGAUUUUGGCCAAUGAUUUGGUAACCAAUUGUGGGAGUACUCUAUUUCCUAUACCUUUUGCUUGAAGUACAGAGAUUCGAUGGAAGUCUUGAAUACUUAAGAGAAGGAAAAAAUGCAUUAUUUUUGGGAGCAGCUCAAAUAGAUGCAGACUUAUUAUGGUUCUGUCCUUUGGCCCUAUUUCAUAUCAAAUCAAAGGGAGAUGGAAUUGGAAAUAAAGCACAAGAACAUUUUGAGGGAGCAAAGGAAGAAACUAAGAAGUUGGUUAAUUCUGAAUUGAAUGUAUGAAAUGAUUAAG